GGGGGCAAACAUUCGUGACGUAGCAUCGCCCGAGUCUAUUUUUCAUUUUCGCAACUGUCGACUCUUUAGUUACAUCAUCCAGAGGUUUUCUCGUGAGUCAAUCGCCGCAGAACAAUCAAAUUUGAAAGAUAAAUCGACUGCGUAAGAGACAGCAAAAUCGCAAGGUUUUCAAGAAAGUGUUACGUCAUUAUUUUUUAAUCACAAUGUACCCGCUAUUCGUGGCGAGACUAGCGCUAUUCGCAACGCAUUUGCUGACGUUCGUUUGCUCAUCCGACAGCGACACUCUUUGGGAAAAACUGCGCAUCAUACCCAAUGAACUUUGCUCAAUGCCGUACGGAAGUUUCCGUGUCAACAUUUACGAACACGCAAAUAACAAGUUAGAGGCCGCCAAUCCCAACGAUAAAAAGUAUGUCUAUGCACCCAUCGCUCUACUGGACCAUAAAAGCGCAGUCAGUGGCUUCAACAACGUCAGAAAACAAGCCGAGGUCCGAUUCCGCAUUGAAAUGUGGAACGAAAAGGUCGAAAAUGAAGUGGCAAAAUAUGUGAGCAAAAUAGUCGGCCAUCAAGUGAAUGAUCAUCAAGUUCAAAUCAUUCCUUUUGACAAGGUCAUCCUGACCAGCACGAUGCCUUCAACAGCCUUUUACUUUACGACCCACUGGCUACCAUAUCAGCUCCAAUUAUCGCAUCAAUUUUCCCUACUGUGUUUUGAACGGAAAGUCUGCGACCAACUGGCAGUUGAAAUGCGCUCCAACCCCGAACAGUUUGGCCAUUUCAAACUGCUUUUUGGCUUGGCAUCACAGGUGUCGCAAACAAAAGAUAUCACCAUUCGCAUCGAUAAUGUUGUUUCAGGUCAAAUGGUUCAAAAUCUACUGCAACAAUUUGAUGACGACCAAGUUUUUCUGACAGCCAACGAUGAGAAGCGACUCCUGACAGAAACGACAACCAACAUUCUAAUCGACACGCUCGAAGACUCGGAUAUGGUUUCCUCCAUUUCUGAAUCGGAAAUCUACAACAUGGUGAAAGAGAUGCUCUCCGUGAUGACCGUCAAAGAGCAAAACAAUCAAAUGUGGGAAUCGGUAUUUUGGAACGACGACAAUUACCGACCGGAUAAAAUGUCCUACACUUUGAACAAAACAUUUAAAAAGCUGGACGCGGAAGCUCAGCGAAAUAUGUCGGAACUGUAUAAAAAUUUCAGCGUGGUGGGAAUUGAAGGAGAAGUAAAUUUCCUAGAAUUAAUUUCAAUAACAGCAUCUGUCAAAAGUGAAUUUACCCGUCACGGAUGCACUUCAAAUGAAGAUUUGGCGAAUUUCUAUCGAGAGAGUAAAGACCACGUCGAGUGGGACGGAGACAAAUUUGUACCAAAGCUACUGACGCUCAGCAAAAUGAAUUUAACGCAAUGGCGGGAUAAAAACUCGUUACAAAAUCGAGGCAUCCGCGUACGUUACUCGACCGCCGUCCUAUCCGCCCCCAUCAAUUUCGUUCAGCACGCUGACGUAACCAUCACCGACGAGUGGCAUAAUCUCCAGCUUCUUGUAGCCAAUUUGACAAAGGAGUUGAACGAAACGAGGACGAAUCUUACAUCCGAGUUACAAGCGAGAACGAGCCGGAUGGAGACCAUCGAUAAAAUACCAACGUCCUGUGCGGAUCUACGUCGGAUUGGACACAUUAAAAGCGGGUUAUUUUUGGUCAUGGGAAAUGAAAUGGUUGAGACUGUUUACUGCAACUUUACGAAACCAGAUAACUCCGGAUUCCAAAAAUGGAUAGGCUACGCCGACGUCAAAUCGGCGCCCUGCUAUUUUUACGUUCAGAGAAACUAUGGCUUCGAUCAGACCGAGACUCCCAUUCCGUUUGACCGUGAAGUGCUCAACGUCGGAGGAGCUAUGAAUUUAACAUCGGGAAUCUUCACGGCCUCUCGAACCGGAAAAUACUUUUUCUCCUUCACGGGUCUGGCGUUUUUGCCUGGGCAUUCAUCUAGUCGAGCUUACUUCAACGUGGUUUUGUACAAGGAGAGUGAUUUGAUUAAAGAUUACGUCGGGCGUGGUUAUUCUGACGAGAAUAACAUCGAAGAUCGAGGAUACGAAACGUUUUCACUGCAAUCGAUUUUACAUCUACAAGCAAGAGACAACAUUUGGUUGCAGAUAAACGGCAUGUCGCAUGGGGUUUACUUGAGUGGAGGCGCUUACACUCAUUUCAAUGGGUGGAAACUAGAAGAAGAAAUUUCUCAGUCAUUGUAAAUCACAUGUCUGUCGAAUAAACUUCAUUAUGUAUGGCAAA